GCUGCCAUAUAAGCUGUGGGCAUAUUAGUCUGGCAGCGCUAUGCCAGGUUUCUGCCAGACGCCAUAUAAGCAAUGGAGGCGAGAACUAGACAACACUUCAAUAAUUGGGUAAGCGCCAAGAAACGCUGUCGGAGAUCACGAAAAAUCGAACAGGAGUGGACACCAGAUGAUGUCCGUUUGCUCAUCCGGCUCGUGGGACAGCGGAAAUUGCUAUGGGAUCCAAGCAAUCCGAAUCACAAGGAUAGCAAAUCGCGCGAGCAAGCAUUUCAAAUGAUAGCCAGCAAACUGAAUCGCACCCUGGCCGACUGCAAGGCGAAGUGGGACAAUCUGCGAGCCCAAUAUAGAAGCUAUCAGGCGAAGGCGACCCAAAACAUUGAGAUCAAAUGGCAAUACUUUGAGCUUCUAAGCUUUUUGCAUGAGGUCUGCGAGCCACGCAAGUCCAAAGCCAAUUCUUUACAGCUCGAACCGAAUGAUGAGGUUUCUAUCAAGCGCUCACCCUCACUGUCAUUGAUGGAAGAGGUGGACACCUGCUCCACUAUGUUCUCCUUGGCUGCGAAAGCUCCAGAACUGCACGAAGGAUCUUUAGCUGUGAGGGAGCCAAACCCACAUUCUCACCAAAUCUUUGGCGAUUUUGUAGCCGACGAAAUGCGCCGCCUGCCACCCCAUAUAGCUGAUGAGCUAAAGCGAAAUAUCCUAAAACUGAUUGUCGAGGCAUUGGACAGACAAUAGUUGGAAAAUAUAAAU